AUGAUUAAGCAUUGGCACAGAUGCUUAAAAGCAGCAAUCAUCUGUCCUGCUAACAAAGAAUGGUCUCAAACACACUCAACCAUCCUUUUAGGAUUACGAUCCAACGUCCUUGACAUCGGGUCAUCGCCGGCCGAAUUCGUUUUCGGAACUACGCUACGCAUCCCGGGCGAGUUUGUUCUACCCGAAGACUUUGCUCCGGAUCCACAUACGUUCAUCGAAGAAUUUCGGAAACAUAUGCGAAAAAUAAAGCCUAUCCCAGUAGGGCAUAAAUAUAAACGAAAACCAUUUUUAUUCAAGGAUUUAACAGUUUGUUCGCAUGUUUUUAUGCGCAAACAUGCAAGGAAAUCUCUUGAGCGGCCCUACACUGGUCCUCACAAAGUAAUUAGUCGAACUUCUGACCGCGUAUACGAAAUUUAUGUCAAUGGCACUAAACGCGAAGUGUCUAUCGAACACUUAAAACCGGCAUAUUUCAUGCGCGAGGACAUCGAAAGCAUUUUCCCAAUUCAACGAGAGUCUGCUAACGAAACGGGUUUAGCCUCUGCACUCCGAACUUAUUCGAGAAAGAAAGUUACCUUCCAAGACUAA